AGGCUUGUGUUUGCUAUGGAUCACUGUGAUCUUUUCAUUCAAAAACAACCCAACCCAAAACGGAAAGAUGGAAAAGAAAAAAGAAAAAGAUGUCAGUUUAUAGUUAUCACAUGACCAUGAGGCAACUCGAAGCAGCAAAACAACCGCACUGAGCACGCAUACAGAGGAUAUAUAAAGCAAGAUCAAUAUAUAAUAGCAAGUUAAAUACGCAUAACAAGUACUGUAUUAGCGAACAAACAACAUUAUGAACAUCCUGUUACUUGCCAUCGAACGCCUGUUGCUAUGUGUCCGUAUAUUCCUAAGCACAUUCAUAUUGCCUUACUUGACGGGCUUCUUCUCAUAUGAGAACACAUUCGGAAAGGUGUGGUCGAAUCACUACAUAUUCAUAACGGGAUGCGAUACAGGUUUUGGUAACAUGCUGGCCAAGCGUCUAGAUAAUCGGGGAUUCUCAGUGAUCGCCAACUGCCUCACUGAAGAGGGUGCCAAGAAGCUAAGAGCGGAGUCUUCCAGUCGAUUACAUACGAUAGUAUGUGACAUUACCAAUGACAAGUCACUUGCGAAGUGUGUGACUGAGACAGAGAGGAUCUGUGGCAAGAAAGGCCUGUAUGGGCUGGUAAACAACGCCGGCAUUGAGGACGAUUGCAGUCUGGAGCUCCAAGCGAUGACAUCUAUCAGACGUGUGAUGGAAAUCAACUACUUUGCAAUGGCCAAUGUCACGCAGCGCCUAAUGCCACUACUGCGCCAGGCUGGGGGCUUGCCUACCGGUGCAAGAGUGGUGAACGUGGCCAGUGUAGCCGGGCGUAUUGCCCUGUCAGGGAUGGCUGGGUACUGCGCGUCCAAGCAUGCAGUGGAGGCAUAUUCCGACAGUCUUCGGCGUGAGAUGUGCAUGUUUGGCAUCAAGGUCUCGAUCAUCGAACCAGGAUUGAUGAAGACAGCCAUCGUCACCAAUUCGAAUGCUAACAAACACUUGAUGACCAAGUGGUCUAAUUUGACCGACGAAGUGCGCGCUGCGUGGGGCGAAGACUUCAUCGAGUUUAUAUGCAACUCCCGAACGAAGGCUGGAGCUUUGAGUCAGGAUCCGAUGAAAGCCGUCUAUGCGAUGGAGAACGCCCUCCUCCAGGCCUAUCCCAAAACAAGAUAUUCCGUAGGAUUCGAUGCGCCAAUUAUGAUCUUGAGCGAAUAUUUCCCGGCGUUCAUCACCGAUUGUCUCGUCUCAGCAUUAAUGCCACGCCCUUCCAAGGCCAAAUAUGGAACGCUCUUUUAGUGAGAGGUACCUUAAUAAAUCGAAAUAUAAAGCUGGA